ACCCCGACGGCGCCCGAGGCCCCGGGCCGCGAGGCCGCGCCGCAGCCCAACGUGGUGUACGUCACCCUGCGCGCCCCGCGCGGCCGGCCGGCCCGCAUCCGCGGCACGCCCAGGCCCAAGCGCAGGCGCAAGUCGGCAGCGCGCGGCUUUCUCCCGCUCGGGGCGGCCCCGGGGCCCGGCUUCCUCCCGCUGCCGCGAGCCGCGCACAGCAACGUCCGGCUGUACAGCGAGCGCGCCCCCGCGUGGCUGAGCGGGGACGACAUCCGCAGCCUGCGCCUGCUGGCCGACGGCGCAGCGUCCCGCCUGCAGCCCUCGACUCGCGGGGCGCCCCUGCUGGUGCUGGGCGACCACGCCGCCGGGCCCCCGCCCCGCUGCGGCCCCAGCCCCUGCGCGCUGCUCAGGCCAGCCCUGGACUCCAGCGAGGUGUUCGCCUUCCACCUGGACCGCAUCCUGGGGCUCAAUCGCACGCUGCCCUCGGUGAGCCGGAAGUCGGAGUCCGCCCAAGAUGGCCGCCCACAUCCCCUCGUUCUCUGGGACUCCUCUCUCGCUCCAGCAAGUAAAGACACCCAUUCAUCGGUUCAGCUCACCUGGGGAGCCUAUCAGCACUCACUGAGACAGAAGUGCUGGCUGCAUGGCCGGGUGCCCAGACCUGAGUGGGGCUGCACGGAAAUCCACCACCAUGAGUGGUCCAAGAUGGCGCUCUUUGAUUUUUUGCUACAGAUUUAUAAUCGCUUGGACAUCAAUUGCUGUGGAUUCAGACCUCGAAAGGAAGAUGCCUGUGUACGGAAUGGAUUGAAGCUGAACUGUGAUGACCAAAAUUCUGCAAGUCUGGCACACAUUAUCCAGCGGAAGCAUGACCCGAGGCAUUUGGUCUUUAUAGACAAUGAGGGUUUUUUUGACAGGAGUGAAGACAACUUAAACUUCAAAUUGUUAGAAGGCAUCAAAGAGUUUCCCGAAUCUGCAGUUUCUGUUUUGAAGAGCCAGCACUUACGGCAGAAACUCCUCCAGUCUUUGUUCCUUGAUAAGGUUUACUGGGAAAGUCAGGGAGGGAGACAAGGAAUUGAAAAGCUUAUCGAUGUCAUAGAGCAGAGGGCCAGAAUCCUGAUCACCUACAUCACUGCACACGGGAUCGAAGUGCUACCCAUGAAUGAGUGACAAAGGCUGGAGUGCGAGAGGCAUUUAGGCAUUUUUGUUUUUAUUUUAAAAUCAGGUGCAUCAACCUCACAUCCUCCUAUACAUGAGGCAGUGCAGACGAAUGCGUGAGACACAUGUCUUUCACCAUGUAGAUGUGAUGAUUUCAGCACUGUAUGCAGACACAGAGGUUUAUAAAAACAUGCUGCUCAAAAAUGUAUUUGUAUUUUUCUCUAAUAUCACGAUGUGUCUCAGCAUCUGAUUGUAGAAUAGUUCUAAUCAUUCAACUGACUUUUAAUAGUGUUUGUCGUUUACUAGAGCAGUAUAAACCACAGGUACUGACUCCUGCAAUAAGCCACAUCUUAUACCUUUUGGAUUGAUGUGACCGACUCUAAUGGGAGUGGGUUAUGAUGUUCCUCUGUUGCUGGUGUUGUUAAAACACCCCCCAGGGUGAGUCUGCACUGGAAAAUUCAGAAACAGUGUCUGCAAAACUGCCAGCACCUGUAAUACUUCCUGAGUAAAAAUGGUGCAUUAAUUUCAAAAUCAGCAGUGUAAUUUCUGAAGUGUCUAUAAAUCAUCAUCCAUCUCUGAGGAGUAAGAUCCUUAUAUCCCACUCCUUUUUAGAAAUGUAUCUUGUCAGUAUAAAAACAUCUGUGUUUAACAAUUUAUAUAUUUGUUAGCCUUUUUCUCUCUAUUUUGAUCCAAUUUUUCUCUAACAGUUUAGAAAUAAAACAAUUCUAAGGUAAGAAUUUACCUGUUUGAAAAUGAACAUACAGAGUGUCUUUUAUGGAUGCUUUAAAAAUUUUAUUUUCCACAAGAUAUACUAUAAUUUCUGUAUAUUUUAGUAAUAGUGGAUUUGUUUUAUGCAAUUAUAGUCUGAUUUAGUUGAUAUUGCCCAUAUAUGACAAUAUGUCCACAUAUUGAAUGUGUUUAAAUGUAUUUUCCAGCUUAUUCCCAUAUGAGAGGUACAAAUAAAAUAAAUUAAAACUUAA